AGAUUAUAUGAUAUAUAGAAUUAGUGAUCAAAUUUAGAUGGUUUAAGAUAUUGUCCGACAAGUGGUCAGAAACUGUAAACAAGAAACAGAAAGAAGAAAUGCCGCGAAACAAGAAAGUGAAACAACGGGCCAUUGACUUAAAGGCCGUCAAUAACAACGAAAAUACAGUCGUUAUAUCCAAUUUGGCCGCUAAUGAUACCAAUGCUGUGACACAAAUGGACAAUUUAAGGUCAUUGCAGGAAAUGUUUGCCAACCGAUUAGAUCCAGAGAUUAUCGACAGUGUCUUUCAAGAAUGUGCCGCUAAUUUCAACCAGACAUUAGAAAACUUAUUGGAGAUGUGCGGCGAUAGUAUCAAUGAAUUGGUGCCAAACAGAGACACACUUCCAUUAUCAGCACAAUUGCAUGCAUUUAAUACAUCCAACCAUACGAUAGACGAAGUUCCUUAUACUGUGUCUGAGCCCCCGUUGACCGACAGUACAAAUAGCAAUAACAGGGAUGUUGGCAAUCGUACGACUUAUAACAGGGAACCGGUAGAAGUGCUCAAUCUAUUGCCACUUAAUUUAAAGGUCAAUCACAAGCCAUCGCCAUUGAACGCCGUAAUGCCUUUUGCCAACAUUUUUUCUCCCAAAUCUAUUCAGUCAGCGGCGAUCAGUGCAAAGUCUAGUCAGCCGUCAUCAUCAAAGCUCAAAGARGUAUCACUUAAAGACGAUAUAAAACAAAUGAUCAGAAAAAAACAUAAAAUAAUGGUUUUAAUGCGUGGACUACCCGGCAGUGGAAAGACUACGUUAGCUAAUCAGCUUGUCUAUGGAUCCGAUGGUAUAAUUUUAAGUACAGACGACUAUUUUAUAAAGAACGGCACCUAUAGGUUUGAUCCCAACCAACUGUCCAUUGCUCACGAAUGGAAUCAGAAAAGGGCAAAGAAAUACGCUGAAAAUGGGAAGUCACCCGUUAUUAUUGAUAAUACUAAUCUCGAGGGAUGGGAAAUGAGACCUUAUGUUAGCUUUGSUUAUACCAGAGGUUAUAAAAUCUAUUUUCUCGAACCGGACACCUAUUGGAGUCGAAAUCCUAAAGAGUUGUCGCGACGUAAUAUUCAUGGCAUCACUAAAGAAAAACUCGAAUCAAUGAUUCAAAAGUUUGAAAGAGUGACCGUCGAUGACGUUGUCAAGACAUUGCCAACAACUCAUUUGCUGCAAAAAUCAAACUCUACUCAAGUAAUGAAUAGUAAAAUUGUAUCGACAAAUGCCACAAAACUGAUAUCGAGAUCAAUAAGUAGUCCAACAAAUGCAUGGACUGUCAAUAAUUCUGGUGUGAGCUCUGAUUACGAAGAGUCACCACAAUCUUCAAGCGCACAAUUAUGCAAUUUUCAAGAAGAAAGCUCUUCAUCGCUCAAUUCGACAGAACCAACUGAUUCUUUAAAUGAUAACAAAAUAGACAUCGAUUUACUUAUUGCACUCAAUCAACGUAACACAGACUCAGAAGAUAGUUCAUCGGUCAAUGCCUCUGAUGGCGGAAGUAGUUGUGUUAGUCAGGAGUUUGGAUGGGAAAGGGAUGACGAGUUUACUUAUACUGAUAAUCAACAACAACAUGACAUGGAUCAGUCUACAUCUUGUAAUGGACUGCAAACUGAAAAUCCUAUCUAUGAGUCACCUAAAGAGCCAAUAUUUCAAAAGGAACAUCUGAUUAGUAAUACGACUAUUGAUGAUAUUAAGGAGGAAACUGUUGAAGAAGUUGUGUCUAAUGAAACCACUGGUAAAUCUAAUAACGACAAUAUUGUUUCGAAUGUAAAUAAUAUGAGUACAACUAACGGAGCUCAAGAAGUUAGUUUGCAGAACACAUCCAAUACUAAGAGAAUGUUUAGUUUGGUUGGAGUUCCCAAACAAUUAGGACAACAGAAUUGGGAGUUUCCUUCAUUUCCUAUUGACUUAAACGAUAAAAAUGAUAAAUCAGAAGUCAGUAUUACUUUUCAUUCACGUUUCUCGCAGACAGAGCUUAAAGAUUGGGCACUUCUUGAGCUAAGACAAUGCAAUAAAGACUCGAACGAGGGUUUAGACACUGACAGUAGUGAUGGUGAAGAGAUAAUUAGUGAGACUAAGGUUUACGAUAUAAAAAGUAGUUUAGGUGUUAGGUUUCAUAAGGGAACCGAUACUAAUGAUAUGCCCGACGACUUAAGUCGCGAUCAAAAGUUAAAUACAUUGCGGCAGAAGUUUCCGAAAGCGGAAAAUAAUCAUUUGAAUGAAAUUCUUGACGCCUGUCAUGAGGACUAUUUAUGGGCCGAAAAAUUGUUGAGCGAACUUAAUGAAGAUCACUUCGAUGUCGGAUCACUUGAGCAGCUGUCCAAUGGUACCGAAGCGCGAGUCAGCAGUCCUGAGACGAUCUCGGAAUCACUUUCAAACUCAGGCGAAGAGGAUUUACAAGAAAAUCUAAACAAUCGCAAAGAUUCUGAUGAACCUAUUUUUUCCCUAACUCUGGACACCUUYUUAGCGGCUCAACUUCAGUCACAAUUUGGUGUUAUAACUGACACUCUAACUGAAGAUGAUUUGACCAUUACUUUAAGUCAUGGCGUCGCUAGACUUCUUCAUCAUAAUUGGAAAAAGUCUUUAAAUCAAAAAGAUUUGUCUCAAACUAAACCUAAACCUCAAAGUACUACCGAUAGUAAAAUUUUCAAUAAUCAUCAAAAUAAAAGCCAAAACAUUAACAAUAAUAUGAAUAAUAACAAAGUGUCUAAAAAUCAGACAAAAGAAUCUGCUUUAGAGGUUUUGCCUAAAAGUGAGUUUCAAGAGAUACUGGAUAUUGAAAUGGCAAAGGAUUUGAGUCGUAAAGAAUAUCAAAAAAGUUUGGCAGCGAAUGCACUCAACUCUUCGUGUCCAACAAAGAGACAAAAUGCCAAAGACCUGUUGUCUACUAAAUUGAAAAGAGAUCAGUUGUUUCAAAGAUAUCCCGGAGUCGAUCAAAGCUUUUUGGACACCAUUUUCGAGUCCAAUACUUAUUGUUUAGGAAAAACAAUCGAUGUAUUAGAUAACUCAUUGGGUUUGGAUGACGACUUCACAAAAGAGAUUAAUGAAUUGAUUGCCGAAGAAAAAUAUAGUCCACAAAACGGCUCACCAAUGAAUGGCUCGCGUUCUGCAUCACCGCUCAAAUCUAUCCGCAAACCGAUUGAUAUCAACUCAAACAUAUCGCAAAUGAGUUCUCUAUUAGUCAAGAAAAAGGAGACACACGACAGGGCAAGACUGGCAUUCAAUCGCAAACAGUUUGCCGUCGCCUCAUAUUAUGCUAACGAAGCCAAUCAAUUGCAUCUGAAUAUUGAUAGACUCAGCAAAGAGACGGUCGAUGCUAUUCUUUACAAUAGUAUAAAUACCAAUGAACUUGAUUUACAUGGUUUGCGUUUACCGGAAGUAAAUGCCAUAUUAUCUGAAUAUUUAUGUCGUAAAUGUGAUGAAUUAAAGCGAACUCAGGGACGACGCAAACUAUCGGUCGACAUUAUCACCGGUUACGGGGCAACCAAAGGUGUUAUGGGUCGCAUCAAACCGGCAGUCAUUCAGUAUUUAAAGCAAAAAAACUUUGCUUACGAAACGGUAAAUAUGGGUGUUAUCCGAGUCAAUCUAACUCAAUAAUUAUUUACAAGUGUUGCCAUUUCAAAAUCAUAUUUAC